AUGUCGUGCUCCUCUUCAUCGGGGUCGGAGGAGGACGAUGAGGGUAUCGACUCUUACAGAAAAGGAGGGUACCACGCCGUCAGGAUCGGCGAUCAGUUCGCCGGCGGCCGAUAUGUUGCUCAGAGAAAACUGGGUUGGGGUCAAUUCUCCACCGUCUGGCUCGCAUACGACACCACCAACUCUACGUACGUUGCUCUUAAGAUUCAAAAAAGUGCAGCUCAAUUUGCUCAAGCUGCUCUCCAUGAGAUUCAAGUUCUUACGGCUAUUGCGGAAGGUGACUCCUCGAAUUCAAAGUGUGUUGUACGACUGAUUGACCAUUUUAAGCACGCAGGCCCAAAUGGGCAGCAUUUAUGCAUGGUCCUUGAGUUCCUUGGUGAUAGCUUACUUCGGCUGAUCAAGUACAACCGGUAUAAAGGUCUUAAGUUGAAUAAUGUUAGGGAGAUCUGCAAAUGUAUAUUGAUGGGUCUGGAUUAUUUGCAUCGAGAACUUGGUAUAAUCCACACUGACUUAAAACCAGAAAAUAUUCUUCUCUUUAACACCAUUGAUCCCACCAAAGAUCCUGUCAGGUCUAAAUUCACCCCAAUUCUUGAAAGGCCUGAAGGAAACCUGAAUGGUGGGGUCACCAUGAGCCUUAUUGAGAAAAAACUCAAAAGGAGGGCAAGGAGAGCAGUUGCUAAGAUUUCCUUGAGAAGGGAAUCUAUGGGAGGAGGUGAAGCUCCCAAGUCUGAAAGAAACAUGGAUGGGGUUGAUGUAAGGUGCAAGGUUGUCGAUUUUGGGAAUGCAUGUUGGGCUGACAAGCAGCUUGCAGAAGAGAUACAAACGAGGCAGUAUAGAGCUCCUGAGGUUAUUCUCCGAUCGGGUUAUACCUACUCAGUGGAUAUGUGGUCAUUCGCUUGCACAGCCUUUGAGCUUGCGACAGGUGACAUGUUGUUUGCUCCAAAGAUGGGACAAGGCUUUAGUGAGGAUGAGGAUCAUCUUGCUUUGAUGAUGGAGGUCCUUGGAAAGAUGCCUCGAAAGGUAGCCAUUGGAGGAGCUCGUUCCAAGGAUUAUUUCGACAGACAUGGCGAUCUAAAAAGAAUUCGGAGGCUGAAAUUUUGGCCACUUCAUAAAUUAUUGAUCGAUAGAUACAACUUUUCCGAGACUGAUGCUCGGGAGUUUGCAGAGUUCCUCUGUCCCAUUUUCGACUUUGCACCAGAGAAGCGGCCAACCGCUCAGCAGUGCCUUCAACAUCCGUGGCUCAAUUGCAUUACUACGACUCAGGGCUAGGUGAAAAACACAUGAAAUGUGGAAAAGGUGAAUGUUGGGAUGAGCAACCUUCAGAAUGAGGUUGGCAAGUGAAGAAGGGAAUGAAGGAGAGGAAGUUACAUCUACCACACUGUUUUGACGCCGCCACCUCAACCCCCCCCCCCCCCCCCCGUUUGACCAUUGAUUUUGUGGUUUAAUUUUGUUUGUACGAUUCUAAUAAGAUUCUUGAUUAUUUUUUUUAUUAACUAUAACUAUAAGAGAUGUAAAUUAGUAAUGAUUUUUGUGAGCAAAAUGACGUCAUAAUUCAGAUAGAGAAUUUGACUGUCAUAAAAUGUAUGCCCUGGUGGCUUGUAAACAAUAGCUGACCAGAACAGUACCCAUCUGUGUUAUCCACAUUUUUUAUACUGAUAUUGAUUGAAUGACUUUAUUUGUUCU